GUGAGGAACGGUGGGCAGCCCGGGGCUACGCUGCUGCCGUUAUCUCCCUGGCCCUCGCCACCACCCUCUUCUCUGUGCAUAUCUCGUACGCACAACGUGACUUCAGCACCGCUCUGUCCGGCAAGGACGUAGCUGGCUUCUACGCCGCGGUUCGUAAGUUCUUGGUCAUCAUCCUGAUCGCCGCACCGCUCUUCUCAUUCAACUCCUGGGUGGAGGAGCGGCUGGUGCUGGCCUGGCGGGCCUACCUCACUCGCCGUUUGACACGCGCCUACUUUGCAAACAGGGCCUUCUACCACCUACGGCAGCGCAGUGACAACACGGAGGCGCUGCCCCCCUCCCCCCCCACCACCGCUACUGCCCACCAGCACCACCACCACCACUCCCUCACCGCUACCAGCGGCACCAGCGCCGGCACCACCAGCGGUGGCUGCACUGCUGACAAGGAGCCAGCAGGCAGCAGCACCACCAGCAACAGCAGCGGUGCCGUCGGCAAGGGUUCUUCCUCUUCUUCGUCUUCCUCUCCCUCCCCGCUGCUAUCCUCCCUGUUCCGCGCCCCCUCCUGCGGUCUGGGCGGAGUGGACAACCCAGACCAGCGCAUCUGCGACGACGUGGGCUCCUUCACGCGCAGCAGUGUGGCGCUGUCGCUCACAGUGUGCCGCAAGGUGUUCAACUGCGUGGCGUUCGCGGGUGUGCUGUGGGGCGUGUCGGGGCAGCUGGUGCUGUUCAUGUUCGUGUACGCGGGGGUGGGCACCUUUGUCACCACCGCAAUGUUCGGCAGGGUGCUCACAAGCCUGUACUACAGGAUGCUGUCCCGCGAGGCGGACCUGCGCUUCAGCCUGGUGCGCGUGCGGGAGAACGCGGAGAGCAUCGCAUUCUACAGGGGUGAGUCCUCCGAGCGGGUCCGUGUGCUGUCCCGCCUGGCUGCCGUGCUGGGGGUGGCGGCCGAGCGCAUCCGCUGGGCGGCGCUGUACGACCUUUGGACCAGCGGUUACAGCUACGCGACCAUACUGGCGCCCUCGCUGCUCACUGCACCCAGGUACUUUGCGGGUGAGAUCGAGUUCGGGGUGAUCAGCCAGGCCUCCUUCGCCUUCUCGCGCAUCGAUGCGGCGCUGUCGGUCAUCAUAAACAACCUGGCGCAGAUUGCGGGGCUGGCGGCUGAGACGGAGCGGUUGGAAGCGCUGCUUGAUGCCAUGAGCGCCGCACCGCACCAUGAGAG